AUGAGCCAACCAGGCCCAUCGACGAAGCGGAAUAAGCGCAAGAAAAAGCAGGCCGCAGCUCCCGCCCAAUCUGAACCCACAGCAGGAGGAAGUGCGAAACGUGGUGGGCAAGGGCCAAAGAAUUCGAAGAAAGGCAAGGGAAAACAGGUUGAGCCGCAAAGUCUUGCCUCCAGAGCCGCUGCCCGGAAAAUUGUCUCUGACAGAAAGCAAGCAAAUGCGGAGAAACAUUAUGAUAAGGCCACUGGUCUUUUCAACGAUGGAAAAUACGAAGCAGCGCUGAAAUCGCUCCAAGACGCCUGCGUGACCUUCAAGACACUGCCAAAGUAUGUGCUCAAGAUGGCGUCAACAUUUAUGAAGCUCGAACGCUACGAGCAAGCAAUCGAUAUGGCAACUUUCCAUAUCGCAAUCGACCGGAAUCAGAAUAAUAUUUCUGCUCGUUUUCUCCGUGCAACAGCUUUCAUCAGGGAACAUCAAUAUGCAGAGGCAGCCGUAGAUUUAAUCCUCUGUAAACGGAGCAGGCCAGAGGCCCUCGAAGUUACAGAUGCCAUCGAACAGCUCCAUCAACUUUGGGAUGUUGACAAGGACUAUUUUGAACGCAAUCCAGAAUACGCAAACGCGAAUGCAGUCCAUACGAUCAUGGCAACGUGCACGGCAAACUACGACCUUGAUUGCGAGUCUGACACAGAGGAUUCGCGGCACAUAGGAAAUGGAAAGCCAUGCAAAAACUACAACAAAGGGGCGCCAUGUACAUCUGGUAGCAAGUGUAAUUUCCGGCAUGCCGUCGAUGAUCGAAGCGUUCGAGACCAACUUGGUCGGAAUGUCUGCUUAAACUUCCUUCUCCACGAAUGUUCCAAACCCAAGUGUCCGUACGCGCACUUCAAGGCGAACUUGCCAAUAAAUGGGUGGUGGAACAAAUCAGAAUAUGUUGCCUACUACCAGUCGGUUUAUCACAACCUCGGAGAAUUGAUCCCACCAUUCCUGGGUCGCGAUAUGAAUGGUCAAUUGCUUCCAUUCCAACAACGCGAAACCUCCUCAGCUUGGAUCGACUCUCAUCACAAGACAGAAGGUGCACGGCACAAGCUGCGGCGCCAACUUGAAGCCCAAUGUGCAUUCGAUUCCAUUGAGUUGGCAUCGACAGGGCCUUUUCCUCUCCGGCCUGUCACGUUCUUUCCUCUCCGUCGAACUCGACGCAAGAUGGCUAAUAUCCAGCUCGAGGACUCCUUCUCAGAGUAUGACGACUCGGAGUUUGAUAUCGAUGACUUCAGGGGAAACCGCGAUGGAAUGACUAUUACUGACUAUAUAAAGCUUGGGUACCGGCCUUGGGAUGCUAGCGAAGGGGUUGAUUGGGACAGUAUGCCAUAUUGUUGA